AGACAUUCGUGAAAGUCACAGACUGUUCUGUUCACCGGCUGAUCUUGUAUUUUCACCUUAAAAUUGGAUGUCUUUUUAUACAGCAUUCUAUCGAUAAUUCAUUGAUUUGAUAAAGGCUUUCUUUUAUAUGUCAUUUUAUGUUUUAUAUGUGUUUUCCGUCGUUUUUCAGUUUUUAGAUGAAAAAGACCUGUCAGUCAGCGUGUGUGGAAAUAUGGGAGGUGUAAAUGUCUUCAGUUAGUUACAUCAUGUAACUUUUCCAAGAAAGUCAUAUUCAUUUAUAGCAAUACGACAGUAAGGAUUUUAUUCUGCCCAGAAGAGUAAGACAUAUUUGGUCUGGAGUGACUCUGGUUUGCAGUCAUCAUGUUAGGACUCUCAGUGAUGAGGAGACUUCUGAUCUCUGGAGGGAUGAGGGGGCUCCGUCUCCAGCAGCUGCUCUCUGAAGAGACCCUCAGACACCUGCAGACCUCCCCUCACAACACCAGACACAUCUCGGUAAUCUCGACGGUGUCACUGUGGCCGUUCUCAUCUCAGCCAAGAGACUUCAGCCAGCCCAACUCCUCAUGGAGUCCAGAGAUGCACAAGGUUUACGACAACUAUAAUGCUCUGUGUGACACUGACAUUGAAAAUGGUGAGGAAAAAAGGGGGCCGUGGAGGAAGUUGCCCAGCUACAACCGUUCCAUUAAAUAUGCUACUGGUGGCAUUCACCUCAGCAAAUUGAUCCAGGCCAAAGCUCGACUUUUCACGAGAAACGUUAAAGAGCAAGGCGCCACGUUUGAGUAUGUGGUGUUUGUCAAUAAGGAGGAGAAGAGAUGUGUUUGUGUCUUUCAGGCAGGACGUUUACUAGAAGGUGCACCUGGGCAUGUACACGGUGGAGCCAUAGCCACCAUGAUUGACACAGUGACUGGUACUCUUGCCGGUUUCCUCUCAGGACCAGUUAUGACUGCUAAUCUCAACAUAGACUACCGCAAUCCAAUGCCUCUGGGUAGUGUGGUUUUAAUCCACAGUGCUCUGGAUCGAAUAGAGGGGAGGAAAACAUACAUCACUUGCAAAGUGACCAGCACUGAUGAGUCCAAACUCUACACGGAAUCCACAGCUCUAUUUGUUUCAAUAAGUGUCGGCCAUUUAUUUGGAUCACGAAACUGAAAGCUGUCUGGAAUCCACCACAGAGACAUGUACAUCAUCUGUACUAACAUGAAGGAGAUUGGAGAUGCAGUGUGUGCCCAAUGAACAAAAGAUCAAGCUCUCAUGUAUUUGAGUGGUGCAUUCAGUUACAUAUGGCUGCCUCAUAUUUUUAUUUUUAAAAUGAAAAUGUAUUAACCUGGUUUAUUUAAUGAUACGGUAUUGAUCAUGAUGACAGUCUUCAGUAGUCUAUUACAAGUAUUGUAUAACAAAUUUUUCUGUAAUGUAUUUUAACAGUACUGUAUUCCACAUUGUGUUAAAGAGAAUCUCACUUUUGUUACAAAUGAAAAGUUGGGCAUUUAAAGUAUCUUAUUGUUAUUUCUAGGGAUUCCUAUUUAUAACUGCCUUCAAUAGUGCUAUUAAAGUUAGUAAUCAGAAA